AUGCGCUCAUCCCUGUUCCUCGCUGCCCUGGCAGCAGGAGCCGUCAACGCCUACGAGAAGCGUGUUUACGUGACCGACUGGACCACCGUCACUGUUACCAAGACCGUUACUGCGCCCGCCGUUACUGAGACCGUCACCCCGGUUCAGCAGAUCCAGGCCGCCGACACCACUGUCUCGACCUCGACUACUGAGACCCCCGCCCCUGUCGCCGAUACCACCGAGUUGUCCAAGAAGUCGACCGAGGUUGCCGCGACCACCGAGUACUUCUCCACGGCCUGGACCUCCACCCUCGAGGCCUCGUCGACCAUGCAAACCUCUUCGUCGUCCUCGACCUCGGCUCCCGCCUCGACCAGCUCUGGCUCCUCGGCCACCAACUCUUACCAGCAGGCUAUCCUGUACAACCACAAUGUUCACCGCAGCAACCACUCGGCUUCCUCGCUCGACUGGGAUUCCGAGCUCGAGUCCACUGCUCACACCCUGGCCGCUCGCUGUGUCUAUGAGCACGAUACUUCCAUUGGAAGCAUUUCUUACGGCCAAAACAUUGGCUACGGUGUCAAGGCCGCUGAGAUCGGCCAGAUGAUCUCCAACCUGAUGUACAACGACGAGAUCGGCUACUUCCCGACUCCCUACGGUGCCGCCAGCCCCGACAUGUCUCUCUUCGAGAAGUGGGGUCACUUCUCCCAGAUUGUCUGGAAGAGCACCACCCACGUUGGUUGCGCCACUGUCAUGUGCGACAGCUUGGGCAACGUCGACUCCGGAUCCGCCCUUCCCUUCACCGUCUGCAACUACUCGCCUCCCGGUAACUACGACGGCGAAUAUGGCGACAACGUCCUGCAACCCCAGAACCAGGCGACCUACACUGCCUAA